AAGAAGACACGAAGACCAUCCAGAUUGGCAGCAAGUAUGGGAUAUGUUGCAGAAUUGAAUACGGGAAACAAGAUGCCUGUAAUUGGGCUUGGAACUGGAGCUCCAGCUUACCAGUAUGAGGAGAUCAAGGCAGCUGUCGGUGUGGCUCUUCAGGUUGGAUACAGACAUUUUGACACCGCCAGCUGUUAUGGCUCAGAAGGCACGUUAGGAGCGGCUCUCAAAGAAGCUUUUCAAAGUGGUGAUAUCAAGCGGGAAGAAGUGUUUGUCACCACUAAACUGUGGGAUGACGAACAUGACGAUCCUCUUGCUGCUAUCACCAAAAGUCUUAAGAAUUUGCAACUGGAAUACGUAGACUUGUAUCUAGUCCACUGGCCUCUACGUUUAAGGAAAGGGCAUACCCUUCCACUAAAGGAGGAAGACUUUUUACCUCUGGAUAUCAAAUCUACAUGGCAAGGCAUGGAAAAAUGUUUUGAACUGGGUCUCACGAAAGCCAUUGGUGUGAGCAAUUUUUCCUGUAAAAAAAUUGAAGAUUUGUUGAAACAUGCCAAGAUUCCACCUGCUGCCAAUCAAGUAGAGAUGCACCCAAUGUGGCAGCAGAAAAAGCUAAGAGAGUACUGCAGUAAGAUGAAAAUUCAAGUAUGUGCAUUUUCUCCUCUCGGAGCUCCAAACACUCCAUGGGGAUCCAACAUGGUGAUGGACAGCCCUGUGAUUAAGGAAAUUGCUCAAAAGCAUGGAAAAUCUAUAGCACAGGUUGUGUUGAGGUGGGAAAUAGAGCAGGGAGUCUGUGUGAUCCCCAAGAGCUGUAAUAAAGGGAGGAUAACAGAAAAUUUUCAGGUUUUUGACUGGUGUUUAACUGCAGAAGACCAUGAAAAAAUGAGCAAGCUUGAGCAGAGGAAGAUAUCGAGGGGAGAAGAUCUUGUAAACUCAACAACUAGCCCUUAUAGAACCAUUGAAGAACUAUGGGAUGGAGAGAUAUAA